AUGAGUCGUCACGGGCCCGAGCUGCUCGCUCGUACAAUGCUGCGCAGCACACUAGCAGUCACACGGCCCUCACCUCGAGCUCGAGCCGUCGCAGCUGCAUCAUCGCAAUGGAGGGCCUCCUCUUCGUCCUCCAGCAACCCCGUUCCCUCGACCUCGACCGAUCCCUCCCCCACCUCUACCAACGACCACCGUUCGAUCGGCAAAUCGCAAUCCCUCUUUCUCACACACGACUCUUCGCCGGGAACACCUUUCAUUCUGCCACACGGCAUGCGGUUGGCGCGCAAAGUCGAGCGUGUCGUACGCGACCUCUACGACGUCUACGGCUACGACGAGGUGCAAUCGCCUCAACUGUACAAGACCUCCCUCUGGAAGCGUAGUGGACACUGGGACAACUAUCGGGAUGACAUGUUUGCUGCUGAGGGGUACAAGGAGCGUCUUACCCGCACCACUUCCCCUCCUCAGGCGAGCAGUGUGGAGGGGCGGUCGGCGUGUUGUUCGAUUGGGGAAGGCAAGGAGGACGAGUCGUUCGGGUUGAAACCGAUGAACUGUCCAGGGCACUGUUUGAUCUUUGCCUCCCAGGAGCGGUCGUAUCGCGAUCUGCCCAUUCGGUACGCCGAGUUCUCGCCGUUGCAUCGCAACGAGGCCUCGGGCGCACUGACCGGGUUGACGAGGGUCAGACGGUUUCAUCAGGAUGACGCACAUGUGUUCUGCACACCCGACCAGGUAGCGGAGGAGAUCGAGAGCAUGUUGGCCAUGCUCACGAGUGCAUACGAUACCUUUGGGUUCAGCUCCUUUGAACUGGUCCUUUCGACUCGUCCGGAAGAAUCGUUUAUUGGGGAGGUCGAAGAGUGGGAUCGGGCGGAAACGGCGUUGAAAGCGGCCCUCGACGCCAGUGGUCGAGCGUGGGAACUCAACGCGGGCGAUGGCGCAUUUUACGGGCCCAAGAUCGACAUUCGUCUCGUAGACGGUCAAGGGAGACGACAUCAAACGGCGACGAUUCAGUUGGAUUUUCAAUUGCCACGACGCUUCGAUCUGUCGUACGCCGAUCCCUCUUCCAAAGAGGGUCGGGGUGUACCGGUGAUGAUCCACCGCGCCAUCCUGGGUAGUGUAGAGAGGUUCAUGGCGAUUCUCAUCGAGCAAACGGCCGGUUGGUGGCCGUUCUGGCUCUCACCUCGUCAAGCCAUCGUCAUUCCUGCCCAGACGAACAAUCCCCAACUCACACAAUACGCAGAAGGCCUCACAAAGUACCUCUCUCUGGGGAUCCACCCGUCCACCUCGCCCGCCGUGUCGUCCGAACGACACCUCCAAAGAUUCUACGUCGAUCGGGAACACAACGCGCAAAACGAAAAACUCGGCAAGCUCGUCCGCAAAGCCCAGCUGGCGCGGUACAACUACAUUCUCGUGGUCGGCGAGAGGGAGAUGGAGACCAACACGGUCAAUGUCCGGAGGCGGGACGAUAAGAGUGCGCCGGCGAGGUUGAAGGAGUUAGCCGCCAAGGGGGGAUGGAGUGGCGAAGGCCAGGCCAAAGGGGGUCAGUACGACAUUAAAGAGUUGCGUGAGCUCUUUUGCAAAUUGGAUCGUGGGCAUAGUUGGUAA